AAUUUCUUGGUAAGCCACGGUGCGAGAGCAGGAUGACUUCUCAAUGGAAGAUGCGUUGCUAUCGCAGCCAGCUGGGGAGAUGAAGCACUUCGAGCCAAGGUCGUUUUGAUCUUUAUAACCGACUUUCGUAGUUAUCUCGUGUCUGGGCUACUUGACCGAGUUUCUUAAUGCGGAUGAAGCUGCAGUACGUUGGGCUCUUGUGGCGUGGAUACCCAAAGCGUUGACGCCCAGCUUCAAUGGCUACCUGUAACGUCGAGUAACUCUACCCCGCACUGCCCCUAAAUACCAGCUUCUAUAGAACUCUCCUUCACCAUCACGCUGCACUUCAAACUCGCUCUGCCAACAACGCGAUCCCCAAAAAAUGUCCCAGUCAUCAGAAACCACAGCUAGGCGCGGCAGGAGCAAAUGGCAGAAAGACUACCAGGAGAAACAUCCGCUGCGAAAUCGCAUCGUUGUCUUCCUUGAUGGAACGAGCAACGACAAGAAAUCGGAAACCAAUGUUUGGAGACUCCAUGAGCAAUGCAAUGAACAUGAGAACUUUCGGGGAGUGCGUCAAGUCAAGUGCUACAUUGAAGGGGUGCGCGGCCUGAACGGAAGUUUGUAUGGAAGUGGCCUUGAACUUAAGCUAGUCAAAGCAUACACAUUCAUCUGCCAGAAAUGGAAGUCCGAGUAUGACGAGAUUGUCCUUGUUGGAUUCUCGAGAGGGGGUUUCAGUGUUCAACUUCUUGCCCUCUUUCUCAAUGACCUUGGGAUCGCUGAGUGGAAGCCUCCCGCCAGACUCGGAAGUGCGCAAGGAGAAUACAAGAAGACGUUCGAGAAGGACAUUGAAAAUAAAAUAAAGGAAUGGGAGAAGGAGAAGGGUCUUGGCUGUCAGAGAUACAGCAGGAAUGCCAUCAUCAUGGCUUGCGGUGUGUGGGACGCUGUUGCAGCGUUAGAGGGCGCUGGCGGCAAACAUCGCUCGAAGCCAGAGAGGAAGCAAUUUCGGUUUGCGUACCACCGUCUACCGCCUAACGUUCGAAAUGCUUUUCACGCACUAUCCCUGAACGAAAACCGGCGUGCAUUCGAGCCAGUACUGUGGCACCAGACACAACCACAACCAGAACAGACAUUAAAACAGUGCUGGUUCCUUGGCUGCCAUUCAGACGUUGGUGGGCAUAAGGGCAAUCUGUCCAAUGGAAUGCCUGACGUUACUCUUGUGUGGAUGAUGGCGCAGCUCGAACCUUUUGUGCUGUUCAGAACCGAACCUAGGACAGCAACUCUGACUAUGUGGCCAAGUGUUAAAGAUUUACGAGACGAUGAGGUCAAGGACUCCCGAAGACUAUUAUACAAACUUGACAAGUCAGAAGCGAGAAGAGUUGGAGAGCAUCUCUGGGGUUUCCGCCCUACCAGUAAUCUAAAGGUCACUAAGGAGACGAUUCAUUGGAAUGUCGGAGAGUGGACGAGCGGAUCUUUCCGGCACAGUCUUUCUGACAAAGGUCAGAAGACCUGGAAGCGAUUGAAAAGAAUACGGAACCCAGAAGGUGAUCCACCCUACUGCUGGAUCGUCGGUGACGAGGAACAUAGCCUCUCGGAAGAGCAAACCGACCCUUUAGAACUACUAUGGCUUGGCAUAGAAGCUGUUCACCCUGAUCCAAAUUUUCCUCAGGACACUAAUCGAAAAGUCUUUCGCAAGGAAAUGGAACGGAUGACCAAUGUAGUCUACCCGCUAUCUUCCGACGAGGCACGGGACUAUGAAUGGAGUAAUUUGACAACGUAUAGCGCAGCAAGUGGCUCGCAGAGUGACUUCAGCCCUUGGAGUAAUUACGAAACGGCAGAGGACAGCGAUCAGAAUACAGUUACAAGUUAUUAUCAAACCGGAACAUCUGGAGAUGAUGCGAACGAACACGAAGACAGUUUAGGACUUGAGGACCGGUCUGACACGGAUCCGGUUGCGAGGGAUACCUCUGGCUAUGUCAUUGAAGGGUAUCCAGUGACCCAAGAAUACCCAAAUGCUAAUGAUAACAAUGAUAACAUGGCUGGUGAUACCGCCAGCAUCUCUGAAACCACAGCGGACGCCCUCAGUACGGAGCCAGGUUCGACAGGGGACGAGCAGUACGCACAAGAACAUAUACAGCUACCCGGACCUCAAUUGACUCGCGAGGUCUCAGCGGAGGAAGACGUUGCGUAUCUCCAAGGGCCAAGGUCAGAAGUUGAACAAAACACUCGGGAUCGAUACAGUCUACCAAGUCGUGAGCCACAUAAGGAUACCAACAGGCGACACAGGUCUUCACGAUCUUCCAGAACAGCACAGAGCUCGAGUGGCUCAUCCAGACGCCAUAGAUAACAGGGGGGGGGGAGCUGUACAUGCUAUUCAUAUUCUCCUUCGGUUCUUCUCCUUCGACGAUUUGACAGGUAUGAAACAAUUGGCAGACAGCGUAGCAUAAGGAGAGUCAAAGUGGAGUUCGACUACCUUGUGCUUCGCGACUGUGAUAUAUCUGACAAAACAUAUGCGGAGAAAGCCUCUGAUGGAAGGGAAAAAGUCGAGACUCCAUGCUGUCUUGCCAGGCUGUGGAACCA